AUGUCGCUUUUAUUUUUGGUUUUGACGACGGUUCUGGGAACGGUUCCUUGUCAUGGAUCUUUGAACGAUUCUCAACCCGUUGUUAUCAAUAAUGGAUUGAGGAACGAACCCGUUCAAGCUGGAUUGGAUAUCAUCAAUUUUAGAAUCAAGCAAGAGUUUAUGCGUUCCAUGGAGUAUCAACAGAGGCUGGAAGCUGAGAUCCAGGAUCUACGUAGAACAUUUUUGCGAUCAGAGACGUUGGUUUCUGAGCAGACAAAUGAAAUGGGAGGAAUACGCAAAGAUUUGACUGAUAUUAGAAGAGAUGUCACCAUGCUGCUGAACGAUACAAGGAGUAUCAGAAAAAAGCAAAAUAUUCAACCGACUACGCAAAUUUUGAAAGAUUUCAUUCUUCAACUUUUUGCGGAACGUCCACUAUUAGAUAGUGAAGAAUAUCCUAAAACUUGUUCUGACGUCGGAGAAAACCGGGGAACGUAUCGUAUCAAACCUCAAUCGAAGCCAUUUGAUGUUUAUUGUGAAACGGAAGGCUGGACGGUGAUUCAACGACGAUUCAAUGGAUCCGUGGAUUUCUAUCGUCGCUGGAAGGACUACGAGAACGGAUUCGGCGAUUCGAAUGGCGAAAUGUGGCUUGGGUUGGACAAAAUUUACCAACUUGUCAGCUUGAAGCCUCACGAGCUGCACAUUAGGCUGAUGGAUUUCGAAGGGAAGGAAGUUGUUGCUCAGUACGAUAAUUUCGAAGUGAGUGGUCCGGAGGAUAAAUACCGACUGAUAAAUCUUGGGAAAUACCAAGGCGACGCGGGGGACUCGCUUGAAUUCAGUAAAGAUAUGAGUUUCACAACGCUGGACCAGGAUAACGACGGGUGGGUCCAAAACUGUGCGGUUAAAUAUCAUGGCGGCUGGUGGUUCAAAGAUUGUCAUCAUGGGAAUCUUAACGGAGAGUACCUUUUAAAGGGAAAUGGCUGGAGGGGCGUUUACUGGCAUGCGUUUAGAGGGGUGGACUAUUCUUUGAAAGAGUCUGAAAUUAUGAUACGUGCUAAAAACUGAUAGAAACUAUUAAAACCACUCUAAGUUAAGAUAAAUCGUAGUACGUUACAAACAAACAACCUCUUGUAACCUAAAUUCCUGAACGAUAGAUAGAUACCUACAUAGAAUAUGAAAAAUUUAUGAUUAAGUCCCACGAGGCUCUCGCUUGCGCAUUUUUACAAAUGAUUUGGAAAUAUGACCAGUUAACAAUAUGCAAAGUAGACUGAGUCUACUAGAGUUAAAACUUCCGUUGACUUUCUUGGUUAUACUAGCACUAAUCACAUUAGUUUUCAUUUCUAGCGUAACAUUUAAAAAGGGCGAAACUGCCAAAUGUAAACAAAUCGAGUUAACGGUCAUUCCGCAUGCACGCGGUUGCACUUUACCUUUUUAACGCUGAAAUUACUGAAAUUACUGAAAACUUUCAAAAAAUUGAUAAAAAUUCAAUUGGGUGAAACUUCCUGUUGAUGCAUUUUCGUUGGAACGUGAAGUUACGCCUAUUCAAAAUGGAGUGAAUUUUUCUAUUCGUGUAGGGCCAAUAGGCGUAACUGAGUUGACCGUGUGUGACAAAACGGCCUAAUUAGUUUUUGCGUGUAGGGCGAAUGGGCGAAACUUCAAAACCAAAACAAAAACGGCCGAUCAAUUGGGCGAAACUUGCAAGCGUAACUGGCAAAAUUUAAAAAAAGCGUAACUGGAAUCGAAAACAAUAAAAGGGCGAAACUCGAAAAUCUCUGAAAUUAAGCGAAAAAAGUUAAAGUUCUUGAAAGGGAAUGUAAUGCACAUUUUUUAAUAUUGUUGAACAAAAAGUGGUCGAUUUUUUAAAUAGGAUUUGAAUAGGUGUUCCGAAUUUUCAAACGCGUUUUUCUCGUUUCGAGCAAACUGCUAGUUUCGCCUUUUUGAAAUGUUACGCUAGAUUUCACAGUUUAUAAGUGUCGGACAAAAAGAAUUCUAAGAGUUUGUUUACUACCCUGGAGUCCUUGCAUAUUUGAAGGCGCAAUUUUCUUAUUUUUAGAAAAUGCACUGUUUUGAGUUCUUUUUAUCACGAAAUUAGGCCGGAACAAACUUAAAAUCCUUCUUUUGUCACUCGGCGUUGGAUCAUCACGAAAGGUGUGGGGGGACAAUAAAAAAUAAUGCGAAAACAUUAUUACAAAAAUUGUAAUAAAUUGUACGAAAGCUUGCAUGCAACAGAAUUGCAUACAGUA